AGUGCAACGGAACCGUAUCCUCAAGUGCAACUAACAUUCACCGAAGAGCAGAAGCGACAAAUACUGCAUGCUGUGAUGCCAAUGAAUUUCUGUUAUGAUUCGAAAAUUUGGCAAUUGAUCGGAAAGGUUUUGAAUUUCAACAUGUGCUUCGAAAGCGUCGUGAAAGCAAUCAAAGAAGGAGCGCGCGAGGGGCGAGCAAGGUACCAUGCAUUUGUUUUAUGUGUUCUUAUUUCAACAAAUACAAAAAGGCGUUGUUGA